AUGGACCCUCCGAAAGAAGGUUCCGGCGAGACCGGAAUCUCUGCCUCCGGGAAGCGUUUAAUGAAGGUUAAGCAAGAAAUCGGUGAGAAAAUGAAAAGAGACAAGAAGGAAGUCAAGGACUCAAUUGCGGGGAGGGUCUCCAAGCGGGUGAAGAAGAAGGAAGUUUCUGGCGGGAGUACCUCUCUGGGCCCUCACUCGCCUUCCUCACUAAAGAUUCAAGAAGUCGUUAAUCUCAUGGUUCAAGCCCAUGGCCAAAAGGAGUUGGCCAAGGUUUGUUCCUCCGACGAAACUCCUGAAACCGCCCCGGAAGGCUGGUUCUGCAUUCACGAGAAAUAUAUCUCGAAAUGCCACCUUCGGUUCCCACUUCCAGAUCUCCUGUUAGAUCUUCUUGAUCAUUACCAACUAGCCCUUUCUCAGCUUUGUCCCUCAGCCAUUCGGGUGAUAAAUGGUUUCAUCACCAGGGCUAAGGAGGAGGGGAUCGUUGUUGGACUGACCGAGCUAAUGAGCCUUUACACGAUCAAGGAGAGCUCUAGCAAAGAUGGUGGUAGCGGUACCUACUAUCUUCCUUGUCGUCCUAGGCUUGGUCUUUUCAAGUCUUCCGAUACUGAGGAUCCUCCUAAGCUUACUGAGAAGCUGUCUAGGGCUCUUUUCCGGAAGCUAAAUCAAAGCUCCAAUACCUGGGCAUCUUUUGCCUCUUCUCGUAUUGAAUCAGCUAGGUUCCCGGAUCGGUACAACGCCAGGUUCCCUGACCCGAUUCUUGCUGAAGAUUUAGAAGUUUCUGAAGGUCCUUUCGUGGUAGAUCUUUCGACUGGAGCUAGUACUUCCGAAACUGAAAAGACUCAAGCUCCUAAGAUGAGGCCUUCUUUCCGUUCCAGGAACAAGCCUGCUGCAGCUGCCAGCGCUUCGCGAGGCAGCGAUAAGACCCAAGGAGGUGCCUUCCUCAGCUCAUUGAAGGAGGUCCUUGAUGAUGGGACCUCUGUCCCUGCUAAGGAUGUUAACCCAGUUGAGCCCAGAGCUCAAGAUGUUGUUCCCCGUCCUGAGGUUCUGACAGUUGAAGCUAACCUCCAAGCUGCUAGAGACCCUCACGAGGUCGAACCUCCGAGAAACAAGAGGUCUCGGACCGAUUUGGGAGAUAGACCCGCCAGAUCCUCCUCCUCGUCUUCGCGGGGAGGGACCGUGGGUUGGAACUUCUCCCAUUCUAAGCCGGGAUCGAUAUUGGAUGAUCCUUGGGGUUUGGCAACCAUCAUGAGGCAUAUGAAGAUGGUAGGAUGCUCCAUGCCUUCGAUCAAUGGUAUGACCAACAAGGAAGAGUACGUUGAGAUAGCUCACCACGUGGGUCAGCUAGCUGGAGCCAUCAACAGGGCUCAGCUGAGGUUUGAAGAGACCGUGCAUGGUGCUCCUAGCGCUGAAGACUUAGCUCAGGCUACUGAGUUGUUCAAGACUACCAAGACGGAGCUCGACCUGACUCGUGCUCGAGUUUCUGAGCUCGAAGCUGAGGUCGGGAGGCUCGGUCUGAAGGCUGAUACUCAACAAGGGAAGAUCGAAAGUCAGGCCAUCGAUAUUCGGGUGAAGAGUAGGAAGAUCAACGAGUUAGAUGCUGCUCGUAGGAUAGCUGAGCACCAGGUCCAAGAGUUGAUCGCCUCGUCUCAGGUUAGUCAACAGAACAAAGAGGCUGAAGUUAAACUAGCUGUCAGGAAAGGUAAGAAGGAGGUGGCUGAAGCCUACAACAAGAUCCUGACCUCUGUGAAGGAGAAGUUUGUCAAGAAAAAGGAAGAGACUGACGCUCUGAUCUAUGCUCAGGAGCUUCAGGCAAACACCGAACUUCUGAAGGAUUUAUUGUCUAAAGAGAUUGAGAAUGCUGAGGAGGAGUAUCAUCGUUUGAUGAUUUUGAUCCCGGAUGCUGGUGCUGCAUACGAGAAGGCUCAAGUUUCUGAUUUUUCAGUUAGCAAGCUCCCCAUUCCUCAAUUCUCCGAGAGCUCAGGUACUUUCGCGAUCAAUAUGUUUAAUCCGACGUUUUCUGGAGAAUAUGGUUCUAACUUGGGUUCGGUCUCUCCUGAUUUAGUUCCCGUUGAGACGACCCCGGGAGGUGACGACCAGGAUGUUGAAGAAGAGGUUCCUGUUAAGGAGGGUGAUCCUAUCGAGGAGGAUAAGGAUGAUGAAGCUGAUCCUGGAUCCAAGGAAGGUUAA